AUGCGCGACUAUCUACAGAACACCUUGAACGUCCCGCCUUCUAACAUCAUAGCGCUGGAGAAUCAGCAGGCCACUCGUGCUAAUGUGCUACUCGCUAUACGCACCCAUCUCGUCGAUAACCCGCUGAUAUCCUUCGGCGACGCUCGGCUAUUCUUCUUCGCUGGGCAUGGCUCGCGCUCGAAGGCGCCGAGACCGUGGCGCUUAAGCGCAGGAGAAAAUGACGACGAAGCGGAGAACGGCAUCGUCGAGACCGUGCUGACUUGCGACGAAUCGCUUGUCGAUCCCCAGACAGGACGGCGCAUCCCUGGUAUACCUGGCCGGACGUUGGCUGCAACGCUGAAAGCGUCUGCUGCAUUACACGGCGAUAAUUUGACAGUCGUGCUUGACUGCUGUCACACUGGCAACAGAGAUUCAUCAUCAUCGUCCAAUCACACUUCAUUUAUUCGGGGCGUUCACCCGGCGUAUGUCUCACCCCUUCCAGAUGACGUGGACGACGACAUCUUACGCUCGUAUGUUGGCGCGUGGCACAACUCGAUGCCUGGACCUUGUUCUGCAUAUCGAAGCGGCGGUUUCCUUGACGGCGACAACGAAGCAUUCGUCGCACUCAAGGCCUGCGAUUCAGGCGAGAUUGCUUGCGGCAAUCAAGAUGGCGGAUACUUCACUCGCUUGCUCAUAUGGGCUCUCAAGGACCCUCACAUACGCCCACUUUCUUACGCUGAGAUCCUUCGCGCCGUGGAGUCCAAAUUCUCUCAGCGCCGUCGAUGCAAUGCCGAGUCACCACCACAGCAUCCCCAAUGCCGAGCGGGUAACAUGGAUCGUCUGAUCUUCAACGAUCAUGCGUAUCCUCGUCUGUUCGCUGUUCGACCUGCCGGCGUCCCCGGACACUGCCUCAUAGAAGGUGGUGAAUCAACAGGUACCCGACUAAACACCGUCUUCGAUCUAUACGACCGACCCACAUCCCGCUCGCUGGGCCGCGUAGUCGAUGUGGCCUACGUCACGGAGGUGCAUUCAACGCACAGCGUUGCUAGGCUGGAUAUGGGCAUUGACUUACCCCCAACAACAGCGGCAGUUGUCGCGCAGCGCCCGCUCAAAUUCGCUCUCGGGAGCGCCCCUCAUCCGAACGCAAGAGUGGCGGAAAUGUGCAAAGACGUGAGGUCGCGUCUCUUAGCAUCCACAGCUUCGUCGGACUACGAACUUGUUCCGGCGCAGCACGCCGAUGUUAUCCUCAUGGUGGACCCCCAGGGCAUUACAAUACAACGUCGUGACGACAGACUACGACGAUUAGACACAAGCCCACCCCGGAUCCUCCCACAGUUCAUACCGUACGCCCUCCCUUGGGUGCUCCGGAGAGUAGCCCGGUUCAACUUUCUGCUCCAUCGCAACAACCCGCGGCGUCCGUUUGCUGACGAUGUGACCGUGGAGCUCCGAAGAAUCAUCGAUCCAGAUGGAUCCAAGGAAGGAUUCUCACUCGGAGCCAGGUUAGGCAAGGCGAUACCCUGGAAGAACGGCGAGGCAGUGGUGCCUCAUGACCAGGACGCACUCUAUGCUCUUGUCCUGCGUAACUACGGGAAGACACCGCUGUAUCCGUACGUAUUCUGGAUGGACCCAGCGACAUACGCUGUUGAUGACUUCUACAAACCCUCUCCGUGGAAAGCUGCCCCCCUACGUCCGGGAAAGAGCCUGGAGCUUGGAUUGUAUCACGGCAGCGAUGCUCUUGCAUUCGUCGUGAACGCAGGGGAAUACACGGACACCGGGUUCAUGCGAUGCAUAUUCACCGCCGAGCCGGUGGAGGCUCUCGAUCUGGUCUCACAAGAAUCCGUCCUGGGUUGCGACGAUUCUGGGGAGCCGUUCCUGGCAAAGUUUGGUCCCAAGCCCGGUGCACCUGAUGACUUCGUCCAGGACCGCUUCUUACACAAGGUUGCCCAGUGGGACGUUCUCACUCGGAAAAUCACGGUCCUCGGACUCGGGCAGGAAGCGAUCGACUGA